AUGGCUCAGGAGUGUGAGGAAGGGGAUGCGGCCAGCAAUGAGUUGGCCUGCACUGUCGAGGAGGUGAAGUUCUACACGGCUAAUGUUGACCCGGCUAACAUCAGUCCUGUCAAGAAGCCGACUACUGAGUCCGAAGAACCUCUCAAGUUCAAGACGACCGAAGAUACCAAGCAUGUUGACUUCAUUCCAGAUGACUCUUCCAAGCAGGAACUCGCGGAGCGCCAUAUUAACGUGGAUUCAAAGAUGAAACGAGUACGACAUUACCUCUGUCACUUCAACAUGGAGAGACGCAAGGCUAUUGGAGUAGAGGUUGCCCGGCUCCUAGCUGUCUGGGUACCCACGGGUAAAUCGCUGGACUUCGUGGUCUCUGAACGAGGCAUUGAAGCUAACCCUGAUAAGAUCAAGGUGGUGACCUCAGUGGGUUUUGAAGCCCUCAAGAAGGAGUUGGUUGAGCCGCUGGUUUUACCCGCCCCGACUGACAAACAACCCAUGCUUCUGUACAUCGUUGCCAAUUCAAGGGCGGAAAAGGGAAACCCCCACCCGCAGCCCAACUACCCAAACCCUAAGUCAGAUGUCAUCGAACCCAUCUUCUCGCCGCCACCACCUCCUCCCCAUCACCCUCCACCGCCUGCAUCUUCCACCGCGUCCGCGUGGCCGCCUCUGCCCUCCGCGCGCUCCGCACCCUCCAGGGUACAGGCGCCACCACCCGCCGCCGAGGCCGACCACCGCGUCCUGCUCUACUACACAUCCCUCGAUGUCAUCCGGGGGCACGCGCCAUCCCACGGGGGCUCCGUGCCUCCGUCGACGAGCGCGACCUUGCCAUGGAUGCCUGCUACCUCGAGGAGCUCACGACGCUCCUCCCGCGCGCCCGCCGGAUCACGCUCGCCUAGGUCUUCGUCGGCGGCCGCCACCUCAGCAGCGCCGAGGAGCUCCGCUACUUGCAUGAGUCGGGCGAGCUCCGACGCGUCGUGGUCGGCACCGCGUCCCUCACUGCCUGUGGCCCGUGCGGCGGCGAGCGGUACGUCCUGUGCGGCAGCUGCGAUAGGCUCCACAAGGGAUACAACCUCAAGGGCGGCGGCGGGUUCUGCACCUGCACAGGCUGCAACGAGAACGGCCCUGUCUGGUCCACAUCAACGGUGUGUUAUCAAGAAGAAGUAUGGGCAGGAUGCCACCAAUGUUGGAGAUGAAGGUGGUUUUGCACCUAACAUUCAGGAGAACAAGGAAGGCCUUGAGCUCUUGAAGACUGCAAUUGAAAAGGCUGGAUACACUGGCAAGAUUGUCAUUGUACUGUUCAAGACUUGUUUUAUCUGUUGUAGACCGAAACAUGGCCGACGGCUGCCACGACGCGAUGUCUGAGGUCUUGUUGAAGAUGCCUUUCGGCGUGCUCCCAGGCCGGCGUGUCGAGCAUGUACCAUUACUCUACGCAAAACACACACAAAUGUUGUGUCAUUUUCUCUCUAUAUUAGAAUAUAACACUUUGUCAGAACAUGCAGUAAACAUGGCAGGCAAGCCAUCGGGCUGAUGUAUAUUUACAUUGCAGGCAGAUAUGCUUCCGCAUCCGCAAACCAGUCCACCGUUGGCCUUGUCCGUGGCUUCCUGGGCGCCGCCUCUGUCGCUCCUCUGGGUAGGCAGGAAGUCGACGGCGAUGAAGUUGGCCCAUCUGCCCCUGGACGCGGCGUGGCAGGCGUUGAGCAUGCCCAGUAGCUGCGCCGAGUUGUCCUUGCACGCCUCUUCUCUAUGCAGUUCUUGUAAACCAUUCUCUCAUGUACUUACAACUUUUUGGUUGAUGUGUAGUGUUUCAACAAACAGCAGAAAAAUCAGUUUGAUGUAUGGAUGCUUCAUGCGGUGGUGGCUAAUGAUCUUUGUACUGAUGACA